GUCUCGCUUGUGGGAAGAGGUCGAGUUUCCUUCUCUGUUGCUGCGAGCUGAAAUUUAACUUUUACAAAGAGAAAAAAGCGCUUAAAACAGCGAACUAUGGCGUCCAACGAUUAUUCCCAGACAGCAGCACAAGGCUAUGGAGCGUAUGGUGCUCAAGCAGGGCAAGGCUAUACCCAGCCACCAGCCCAGGCCUACAGCCAGCAGAGCUAUGCCAGCUAUGGACAGUCCUCUGACACCAGUGCAGCCAGUUACAGCCAGGGAGGUUACGGGGCUGCCUAUGGACAGACCCAGACAGGUGGCUAUGGAGCGCAGCCUGCCUCUCAGGGUUACAGCCAGUCCAGCCAGGCUUAUGGAGCUGCUGGGUAUGGGAGCAGCCAGGCCCCCCAGAGCAACUACGGGCAGCAGCCAGCCUCGUACCCGGGCUACGGGCAACAACAACCAGCCUCGGCCCCAUCAGCUACCAGCUACAGUAGCGCCUCCCAGGGUGCCUCUGGCUACACACAGCCUCAGAGUGGAGGGGUGGGGGCCAAUGCUGGAGCUGCAGCAGGAGGGGGUUAUGGACCCCCAGGGGGCUAUGCUGGGCAGGGCCAGCCCCCUCAGCAUUCAGCAGGAGGCGCAGGGAGCCAAUACAGCCAACAGCAACCAAGCUACAAUGCUCCCCCACCCCAGAGCUACAGCCAGCAGCAGGGGCAGUAUGGUCAAGGAGGAGGAGCAGGAGGGUACAGUCAGGAGCCUCCCCAGAUGGGAGGGGGCGGAGGAGGAGGGGGGUACGGGGGUCCCGAGUCUGGCGGGUACGGAGGGCAGGAUAGCAGAGGAAGGGGCAGGGGUGGAUUUGGAGGAGGAAGAGGAGGCUUUGACAGGGGAGGAAGAGGAGGACCCAGAGGGAGAGGCGGCAUGGGCGGUGGGGACAGAGGAGGCUUCAGUAAAUUCGGUGGACCUAGAGAUCAAAAUCUUGGUGGACCACCCAUGCCUAUGCAAGAACAAGACAACUCUGACAACAACACCAUCUUUGUGCAGGGGUUAGGGGAUGGCUACACGGUCGACUCUGUGGCAGAUUACUUCAAGCAAAUUGGCAUAAUCAAGAUUAAUAAGAAGACUGGCUUGCCCAUGAUUAACCUCUACACAGACCGCGAGACGGGCAAGCUGAAGGGAGAAGCCACAGUGUCUUUUGACGACCCGCCCUCUGCCAAGGCUGCUAUAGACUGGUUUGAUGGCAAGGAAUUCUGUGGGAAUCCUCUGAAGGUCUCCUUCGCUACUCGCCGGGCUGACUUUGUGAGAGGGGGUGGGAACAUGAGAGGAGGGCGUGGCCGAGGAGACAUGCCCUUUCGCUCCGAAGGGCCCAUGGGGAGAGGAGGGUUUGGGGGAGGAAGAGGCGGAGGAGGGUUCCCUAGCAACAAUGGAGGAGGCGGAGGGGGUCAGCAGAGAGCUGGAGACUGGAAAUGCUCAAACCCUGAUUGUGGGAACCUGAACUUCUCCUGGAGGAAUGAGUGUAACCAAUGCAAAGCGCCCAAACCAGAGGGGGCUGGCGGCCCCCCUCCCAUGGGAGGUGGUUUUGGUGGUGAUCGUGGUGGCAGAGGUGGUUUUGACCGUGGCGGGUUUAGGGGGCGUGGUGGAGACCGAGGGGGUUUCCGCGGGAGGGGCGGUGACCGGGGAGGCUUUGGACAAGGGAAAAUGGAUGGCAGAGGUGAACACAGACAGGACAGACGAGACAGACCUUACUAAACUCAAUACAUCGCGGGACCACGAUUUUCAUUUUUUUUGUUCAGUUGUGUUUUUAAGUUGUACUUUUAGUCUGUCAAGUAAAUUCCAGAUUGUACCUUUUUCUCUUAUCUGCCUCAGUUUGAACUUUGAUUUUAAACAAAUAAAGUGCUUUUGCAUUCA